GAACGGGAGACAAGGCAAUGGCUCAGACUGAACGGGUUGUUGUAUCAAGAAAUGAUCUGUGACAAUUGCGGCAGUGAUAUGACUGAAAUUCCUUAUCAACCGGGCGUUGAUGGCGUAAUUCGGCGCUGUCCUCUUCAUGGCUGUCAAAAAAGAACCACCAUACGGAAAGAUUCCUUCUUUGAAAAGAGUCACGUUCAAUUAAGCUUGUUGGUUCGUUUAAUUUACUAUUGGGCUUGGAGCACACCGGUAAAAACAGCAUGUCGCGAGUUGCAGCUGAGCACAAAGACUGUAAUUGAUUGGUACAACUUUUGCCGUGACAUUUGUAUCUACAAAUGCGUAGAUCAAGUUGUACCUAUAGGUGGCCCAGGAACAAUUGUUGAAAUUGACGAGUCAAGAAUUGUUAAG